AUGCGGGGUACUUUGUGCAAGCUUGUAGAGGUCUGUCGAGGCUCGAGAGACUCGCUGGCGCUGCUAAGACGGGAGAAUCGUUCGACAGUGGUCUGUCUCUGCCCUCCUCGUCGUCAGGGAAGCGGUCCUGCUGGUGCAAUUAUGAUGACCAGUCGCGCGCAAGCUGGGAUGGUAACUGGCGCAACUCUCCACAAGUCGAGAAGACGAGGGUAUCAAGUCGCGUGGUGUCCUUGA